GACAUUAAAAAACAGAAUUUAAGGCUGUUUUUUAGAGGAAGCUUUGGACAUAGGUAUGUCACAGUGGUCUUGAUUGUAAUGAAAAGCCUCUACUGCCACAAACAUUAGUGUACUGGCACAUGCCAGUAAGAAAAGUAAAUCAGCAUAACCAUGGGAUGCAGCAAGAAGAAUAUUGAGCCAGGAAAGAAAAUAUUUUUAAGAAAUGAGUUACUCAUUGACUUUCUAGUGGAUACAGAAAAAACUGCAGAAGACUCAGAGGAUAUCAUGGCAGUGUAAUAGAUUGAUAUCUUAAACUUGUGGAAAAGCCUUAAAUUCUGUUUUAACAUGUGAGAAGGACUCACAUGUUUAACAUGACUGACUUCAUGACUAGCAUUAAGGAAGUAUCACGUGUUGGGAAACUGUUUCUGCCUUGAUGAUUUUAUACACAUAAGAGAUGAAAAAUGAGGCACAUGCUUAGAUGUAUUGGGAAUGAGAUGGCACUGUGGCAUUGUCACAACGGUACACAAAUACUGAAAGUGACUUAUAGAGUAAUGGUCCCCAUCUGUUGUGACCUCUGGUGAGACCAGGAGGCCUGUGUUUUAGCAAACCCUGGGCAGUUGGAAUGAAGGGCUCCUAAGAUUCCAUGACACGGCCAGCUUUUAAUUCUGUUAUUGCAACAGCAGACGGUUACCUGGGACACUGGCCGCUAUCUCUCUCACUCUUGUCAGAGUCUGAGCUACAGGCAGCGCCUUCAGUUCUCAGCUCAGACAUUUUCAACCUUGUUUUUGCAGUUAAGGACCUUAGCUAAAGUGCUGUGAGGAGGGAUCGAGUUUUUCUCAACAUCCCUGGCCCUACCUGUGGUGCCCCAAACGUCAGCAUGAUAGCAUCUCGCAGGACGUGCUCCAGGAAGACCACAGAGGCAAACUUUCCAGAUACCAUCGAGAAUUCCUACUCCCAGGGGGAAGAGACCAAACCAAAUAUCGGAGCCAGCAAAAAUAGACUUCUUCUGAGUCAGGUGGCCUACUUCCUGAACUACCAGCUGAAGACCUACAGAGAUCGAAAAGAUCACGAUGAAGAACAGAAAUGCAGAGACAGCAAAAAUAAACUUCUUAUGAGUCAAGUGGCCUACUACCUGGGCUGCCGACUGAAGACGGAAGUCCCUGGCUAUCUGUGUUCUGCCCCAAACGUCAGCACAGCGGCAUCUGGCAAGCCUCCUUCCAGAGAAAACACAGAGGUGAACGUUGCGGAAGGCAUUGAGAAAUCCUGCUCCCAACAGGAAGAAAACAAACUGACUUUCAGAGCCAGCAGAAAUAGACUUCUUCUGAGUCAGGUGGCCUACUUCCUGAACUACCAGCUGAAGACCUACAGAGAUAGAAAAGAUCACAAUGAAGAACAGAAAUGCAGAGACAGCAAAAAUAAACUUCUUAUGAGUCAAGUGGCCUACUACCUGGGCUGCCGGCUGAAGACGGAAGUCCCUGGCUAUCUGUGUUCUGCCCCAAACGUCAACACGGUGGCAUCAGGCAAGCCUCCUUCCAGAGAAAACACAGAGGUGAACGUUGCAGAAGGCGUUGAGGUAUCCUGCUCCUGGCAGGAAGAAAACAAACCGACUUCCAGAGCCAGCAGAAAUAGACUUCUUCUGAGUCAGGUGGCCUACUUCCUGAACUACCAGCUGAAGACCUACAGAGAUCGAAAAGAUCACGAUGAAGAACAGAGAGGCAGAGACAGCAAAAAUAAACUUCUUAUGAGUCAAGUGGCCUACUACCUGGGCUGCCGGCUGAAGACGGAAGUCCCUGGCUAUCUGUGUUCUUCCCGAAACAUCAGCAAGGUGACAUCUGGCAGACCUCCAUCCAGAAGAAACACUGAGUUGAACAUUCCGGAAGGCAUUGAGAAAUCCUGGUCCCAGCAGGAAGAUAAACCGAAUAUCGGAGGCAGCAAAAAUAGACUUCUUAUGAGUCAGGUGGACUACUCCUUGAACUGUCGGCCGAAGACAUGCAAAGGACAAGAUCGUGAAAUAGAGAAAUACAGAGAAAGCAAAAAUAAAGUUCUUAUGAGGCAAGCGGCCUACUAUAUACGCUGCCGGCUGAAGAUUGAAGAAGAUCGGAGAUGUCACGAGGAGGAACGGAAAUACAGAGACAGCAAAAAUAAACUUAUGAGUCUAGACUACCCGGGCUGCAGGCUGAAGACGGAAAAAAACGACAAAGAUGAGGAUGAAGAUGUUCAUGUCGCAGAGGCUGAGAAAAUCCAGGAAUCACGUGCCCCCAGGAAUCUGCAGGAGUCUGUGGAGGAGGAAGCCCCCCAGGAGUCCUGGGAUGACGAUGAUUCGACUCUCUCAAUUCCUCCUGGCACAUUUGCCUUCAAUGAGCUUUACAGGACCAACUUGCACUCAUUAGAGGAACAGCAGGUCAACUUGGCUCAUGACAUAGACAAGAUUAAAAAGGACCAAGAAGAGGAAGAAGACCAAGGCCCACUGUGCCCCAGGCUCAGCAUGGAGCUGGUGGAAGCAGAAGAGCCUGAAGUCUUCUGGUACUCACUGGAUAUAUUGUAUUCAACAUAUACAGCUUAUCUUGAGUUUUAUUACACAUGCCAGGCUUACACAUAUGCCAUUUUUUUAUAUGCAGAAGAGCAUGUUCGCUUGACUUUGGACAUGGACAGUAGGUUUCUUACUAUGACGGUGAUAGGACUCCACCUGGUCUCCCGGAUAGGGGUCAUAUUCCCACACUAAGACAACGUGUCACACGGGACUCUGCCAGUGCAGAGUAUGAACCACGCCAUGUUCUUGCUGAAAACACUUAGCCCGAGUUUCAUAGCCUGAGGUAAUCUCCAGACGACUUCAGAAUGUAGAACAGUGAGCGGCACAGCUGACCUGUCUCCUUCAGACAGCCCAUGUCACCACAAAUCACACAACUGAAAGGAGAAGAGACGUUUUGGGUUGAAAAAGAGUAAAAGGAGAAUGUAGCUACAUUUCUUUAGUUCUUUUGAACCCAAAGUGUCUCCUCACCUUUUUGUUGUUGUCAUUGAUGAUGGGGACAUGGGCUUGUUUGUAGAGGACAGGUCAGCUGUCCGGCUCAAUGGUCUGUACCCUGAAGUUGUCUGAAAAUGUCCUCAUGCUUAAAUUCAGCCUAAGUGUUUUUCCGGGAACACUGCAGGGUCAAUGCUACCUCACCCAUCUGCAGGUAGAGAAGGUCCCGUGUGUCUGCCACCAUGAUCGUGAUACCAGGACUUUUCCACCAUUUGUCUAUCACCAUGAUUGUGACGCCAGAUCUGUACCUUUCAGAGACACCUUAUUUAUGCGGAUAUAUAUAUUUAUUUAGAGACACCUUAUUUAUACGGAUAUAUAUAUUUAUUCAGAGACACCUUAUUUAUACGGAUAUAUAUAUUUAGAGACACCUUAUUUAUACAGAUAUAUAUAUAUUUAUAUGAAAGUAAUUGGAAAAAUGGUUUUUAAAAGUAUUAAUAUCCUGUAUUCAAAUGAUCAUCCCUCAACAUUUUAUUAUUCAUUAAUCAUCCCUGGCUGUGUCAAUUAUUGUAUUUACAUCUCUACACUGGAAAUUUUUCAUUAUUACUGUAUCUUUGCUUUUGCUGGUUUCUGUUGUUGAACCAAAAAAAUUCCCUGCCUGCAUUUCAAUUUUUGCCAAAGUUAAUUUUAAUCUGUAUAAUGAAAAUAUUUUUUCUUUAAGAUAAGACUGUGAGCACAUAAGGCCACAGCAAAACAGAGCCUUUGUUUGCUAAUUUUUAAGCCUUUGUUAAUUUCUGGCUGAUGAGAGAGGUAGUUUAUUUAAUUAGCUGGUAAUAUCUAUUUAAGUGAACAGCCAGAGAAAUGUCUAUCAGACUAAGGAUGUGCAAAGCCCACACCGUUCUCUUUGAGUCUUUUAAACUAUUUCAGAAGAGAAGGGAAUAGGCAGAUUCCACAUAUGUGGACAGGAAGGAGAAUACGCUAAAAGACACAAACAACCGUUGCCCAAAACAGAAUAGAAAAUCCAUUAAAAUGCAUGAAAUAUUUUCUCAUGAAAUGUAAUCUCUCUAAACUUAGCCAUUAUAUGAAAGUCAAUUCUUAAUAUGCCACACUGCAUUGACUGUUGACGUUCAUAAGAAUUCAUUUCCAUGUUUGUUAUUUGAAAAAGCAAAAGGACUGUAAUCCUUUCUUUUCUUUGCCAUGAUCAUUUUAAGAUUGAGGAUUUUUUUCCAAAAUAAAAUUAAAGAUUUUAAAGAUUGAAAAUUGACAUUAAAAUUUAUCUUCUCAAAGCAA